CAGAAAACUGCUUCCUGGGACGGCCAUUACUCCUCUUAGUUUUUGUUCAUUGUUUCGAAUUAUGACAUACAUGACUUUGUUGCAGCGCAUUGAAUUGGAGCGAGGAAAACGGGAACCGGGAGAAAUCACGGAGCUGAAUUUGGACAACUCAAAAUCCGUGGAUAUCGAAGGUCUUACGGAUGAAUACUCGUCCUUAGAGGUCUUGAGCAUGAUGAACGUUGGUCUUCAAAGUUUGGCUGGUUUGCCUUCUCUUGCCAGCUUAAAAACUCUUGAGUUGUCGAAUAAUUUGAUAUCUGGUGGUCUUGACGCUCUGCUCAAAUGUCCCAACAUUGAGCAACUUAAUCUAAGUAGCAAUAAAAUUGAAUCAAUGGAUGUAUUGAUUCCACUGGCUAAACUAUCCGAACUCAAGAGUUUGGACCUCGGAAACUGUCCUGUCACCACUACAGAGAAUUACCGUAAAAAGGCUUUUGCAAUGAUACCCUCUUUAAAGUAUUUGGACGGUCUUGAUGAGAACAACGAGGAAGAAGUGUUUGGAAACGAUUUUCUCAAUGGAGGUCUUGAUGAAGAGGCAGACGGUGUCGAUGAAGCUGAUGAAGAGGAUGAUGAAGGAUCUGAUGAGGAAGACGAAUGUGACGACGAAAUUGGCAUUGAAGCCCUUCAACAAAGUGGUGAACUUGAAGAUGAUGAGGAUGACUAUGCUCCAGGCGAAGAUGAGGAAGCGGAAUUAGAUGAUUACGACGAUGUGGAUGAUGAAGAUGAUGACGAGGUAGAGGAAGACAACGGGGCUAACCUUUCGGCUGCCAACGUGAGUGGACCUCGACGUCCUGGUACCAAGCGGCGUCAUGAUGACAUUCAAGAUGGGAAAAAUGGGGAUAAAGCGGAGCACUGUGGAACUAAGCAUAAGCACGUUGAAGAUCGUGUGGAGACCCACGUUGAAAACGGAUCAACUGCGGAUGAUUAGACAGUUGAUAUAAACUUCAUUGUUCUUAUUUAGGCCAAAUUCCUAUUGUAUAUGUUAUGUUCAUGUUCAUCUUUUAUGUUUAACCACAAAUUCACCGAAAAUGAACUAUGUAUUUGUACAGUACAUUUGCUGACAUCUUUUUUCGACAACACAUAAUUCAGUGUUAGCUAAUGCAUUUACUCAUUUGUAAUACUUUAUUACAUUGUUAAAUUUUCGAAACAUCUUUUUAACUAAAAUCGAUCCAUAUUUGUUGGGUUUUAAUCAUUAUAAAUUGAAUUGUCAUCUUAAUAA